CCCGAUCAUCUUCUUCGUCUGUCUCUGCAACUUCUUUUUCUCUCUGUUUCAGUUGAUGGCUUUAUAUUCAUUCGAUUUUUCCAUUAAAAAUACACCGAGCUUUCUCAAUCAAUACUCUUUUCUUUUCUUUUUUCUAAAAUGCCCAUAGUAAUUUUUAGUAAUAUUUAUCGGAAGUUUUUUCAAACCCACUUUCUCCUCUCUAUUAAUCAUCAUCAAACUAUCAAAUGAAUCAAUCAAGCCUUACACCAGAGAUAUUAGGAACAAGAAAACCACCACAGCGACCAUCUUCUUCUAUUAAAGGAUCCCAAUUUGAUGAUAAACCUCUAUGGAAUCAUGUCAAAGUUCUCAAUGUAGCUGUUGGUGGAGGUGGAAAUGGAAACCGAUGCUGGACUUGCAACCAUUGCAGCAAAAAGGUGAUUUACUUCAACAAAUAAAAAGAGAACAUGACCAAGUUGAAAUCGAGAGAUUUCAGGAUGAGUUCAAUGAAAGACAAAAGACAGAGUAUAUCAAUUUACCCAGCGGUUCAGAUUUGUUGCAACACAAAAAGAGGAAAGGAGCUGUUGUUGGAUCUUUAGAAAAAUCUUUCAAUACUACACGAUGUGAUAUUGCUGACAAGGAAGCUGCUAGGAUGUUCUAUGCCAGUGCAUUGCCUUUCAAUUUUGCAAAUUUUUCCUAUUUUAGGCAAUAUUCAAAGACACUAGCAAAUGACAAUUUAGCAGCUUAUACUCCUCCUACUUAUAACAGAUUAAGGAAAACUUUGCUUGCACAAGAGAAAGAACAUAUUAAUAGGAAGCUUCAGUCAAUUAGAGAUUCAUGGAGGAAGAAGGGGGUGUAUAUUGUCUCUGAUGGUUAGAUAGACAAAGAAGAUCUCUUAUCAAUAUGAUGGCUGCAUCUUCUAGUGGAGCAAUGUUUCUGAAAUCAAUUGAUGCUAGCAGCAAUACAAAAAAUGGGGACUAUGUGGCUUCUUUGUUUCUACAGGUGAUCAAUUAGAUUGGAGAAGCUAAUAUUGUUCAAAUAAUUACUGACAAUGCAAGCAAUUUCAAGUCAGCAGGAUUACACAUUGAAUCAAGGUAUUCUCACAUCUUUUGGACUCUCUGUGUAGUAUAUAGCUUAAAUUUGGCUUUAAAGAAUAUAUGUGAUUUGUCUAAAUGAUCACAUCAAUACACCCACUGUAAAUGGAUUGCUGAUUUAGUGUCUGAUGUGCAAACAAUUCAAAACUUUGUUGUUAAUCAUAGUAUGGCAUUAUCUAUAUACAACAAAUAUUCUUAAGAAUUGCUGAUAUUAGGUUUGCAUCAAAUAUUGUGAUGAGUAAACAUCUAAAAGAAGUGAAGAUAGCAUUCGAAAAUAUGGUAAUGGAUUCUAAAUGGAAAUCAUAUAGGAAUGCAAAUGUUGAAAGUAAAGCACAGGAAGUGAAAUAGUGCAUUGUUAAUGAUCAGUGGUAUGAUAGACUAGACUAUUUUUUAUCUUUAUUGAACCUAUAUUUGAUAUGUUGCGGGUUGCUGAUACAUAUACUCCUGUUUUACAUUUGAUUUAUGAUAUGUGGGAUAAUAUGAUUGAAAGAGUGAAACAUAUUAUAUUUGAUCAUGAAGGAAAAGAUUUAAUUAGUGGUAGUUCAGUUUUUUUUUAUGUUGUUUAUCAAAUUUUGGCGAUGGGCAAAAAGUAACACUCCUUUAAAUUGUAUGGCAUAUUUUUUGGUGCCAAAGUAUUAUUAUGAUGCUUGGCUCCAAGGUGGGAAUAAUGGAAUUAUGAGGAUAGCACCACAUGAGGAUCAAGAGGUGUCUACCAAUAGAAGCAAAUGCUUCAAGAGACUAUUUUAAAAUCCAAAUGAUUUAAGGAGGGUUUAUGAUGAAUUUAGAGUUUUCUCAAGUGGUUCUAACUAUUUCAAUCAAUAGCAUGUUAUUGAGGCGAGAAUAAUUGAGGAACCAUUGUCGUGGUGGGCUAAUCAUGGUGCUUCUACACCAUUGUUGCAAGCUUUAGCUUUCAAAUUGCUUUCACAGCCAGCAUCUUCAUCUUGCUGUGAGAGAAAUUGGAGUACUUAUUCCAACAUACAAAGUAUCAAAAGAAAUAAAUUGGCGAGUAGUACAGCUGAAAACCUUAUUUUUUUGCAUUGUAAUCUUUGUCUAAUGUCGAGGAAAGAAUAAGAGUACAAGAUUGGGCCAACAAAAUACUAGGACUUAUGUAAGUUUUUUUUUUUUAAAUAUUUUUUUAUCAUUAAUUUUUUUUUAUGUAGAACUUAAAUAAUAACAAAAUUGUCUUAAAUAUUUUUUUUAAUUAUCAAUCCAACUAUUAAUGAGUUUAAUUUUUUAUAUGUUACAUCAUUUCUCUAAGUGGUGAUAAAGCUGAUUUGGAUAACCAUGCCACUGUAGAGCUUGCAGAACUUUCACUUAAUGAACCUGAGUUGGAGAUUAUGACAUUGAGUGAUGAUAAUAAGUAAAGCAAAGAGAGGAAUUGAUAGGAAUAUGUGGAUAUGUAACUUUUGCACUUUAAAAAAUUUAAAAGUCUUCGUAACUUUUGUUAUUUUUAUUUAAUUAUAUUAAAUUAUGUUAUGUAAUAGAUUUUAGUCUUUUUUAAACUUUAAUAUGCAUGAGAUUGUUUUUGUUUAAUUAAAUUAGAAUUUGAUAUGCAUUACAAGUUUUCUAUUUAUUAUUAUGUAGUUAAUAUUUGUCCAUAGAUAUGAUUCCUACGAAGAUAAAAAAUUUAUAUAAAAUUUCUUUAUUUUUGUCAAACUCACC